UGAAACUGAACGGACAUUAAAAAUAAUAAAAAUUAAUUUUAAUGGUUGUUUAGUUUUAAAGUAUUUAUAAUGUAGCUGACCUGACCUAACAAACCGGGAAAAAGGAUGAACAGUAGGAACUCACGUAAUUUUCUUUUUACGUGAUGUAGUCGUUCAACUACGUCGCGAAAAAAAUAAAUAAUACUUGUAAACAAGCAACAAUGGUGAACGCGGGAAGCCUACGAUUCACUCGUCCUUCUGGACAUACCCGAAUACUCACGUUGGCAAGCCUUCUUUCAACAGACGAGAGGCAAACGCCCGAUCGUGCAUCUUCGGUUUUUUUUUUUUUUGUUUAUUGUAAAUAAAUAUGCAACUCAUGAAAACUAAUGGUCAAUUAGGUUGUUAGCUACAUUAUAAAUACUUCAAAACAUUGUGGAUGGUUGAUUUGGUUAGGAUAGCUACAUUAAAAAUACUGUGAAAUCAUGUAAACGGUUUCCUAGCGCUGGAUAGCUACAUAUUAAAAUGUUAUUUGCUAAGCAACCAUAAAAUGAUUUUACAGUUUUUUUAAUGUAGCUAUACUUACCUAAUAUAACCAACCAUCUACAAUGUUUAAAAAGUAUUUUUAAUUACUUCUUGCUAAUUUUAAGAAAAGAAGGCUUGCCAACGUGAGCAUUCCGGUAUGUCCAGAAAGAUGUGUGAAUCGUAGGCUUCCCGCUGAACGCCGCAUCAGUGCAAAACAUGAAAAUUAAAAAAUUCAAUAUCUCCUAAAGUAUUUGGAAUUUCUGAUCUCCGCCGGGUUUAAUGAAAAGAGGAAGUUAAAGAGCACAGAAUAAAGGUGAACACGCUCCUGGCACUGUGCCCCCUGGAGAAUGCACAGGGCGUAUUCCGCCUGGACCAGCGAGGACAGGAUGCCGUCAUCUCGCUCGGCAUCUACUUUAUUGAGUCGGGGUUUCAGCACCGUGACCGGAUCCUACCAUACCUUCUCCGCCUGCUGCGCGGUCUAGCAAAGGCCGUGUGGCUCGACGAGCUCCGCCUGUACCCCUCCGAGAGAGUGCCAGUGGCGGAGCGGUUCAGCUUCUGCCUCAACACACUGCUGUCGGAUGUCGCCGCGAAGCUCGAGUCUGCGCGGGAGGAGAUAGUGUCCACACAGGUGGACUUUCUGGGGGUGCUCACGAACCUGUGUCGCAGCUACAAGGAACAAAAUACUCCAAGGGGCUCAACUGCCAAGGCGACCCUGUGCCGCUCGACUGUGCCCGUCCUGAUUGGUCUGGCCCGGUCGAUGGGUCGGUUCUGCACCGCAGACCCCCCGCUGCUGUGUCGUCUCUUCCCGCCCGCCGAGCCCUCGUUCCCAACAGCCGCGGAUGAAAGGCUGGUCGGCAAUAAGAAGAGCUUCUCCAACUUCAGGUCCAUCAUUCCACGCUCCCUUUCUGGGAAUCUUCCUUCUGCUGACACUGUGUCCAUUGGCAGCAGCGGGGAAGGCGCUGAGAACACUAAUUCCCUGAAGCGACCGUCGCUGCAGAGCCACCAGUCGGUGCCGUACGACCCGACCACGUACUUCUUCAGCAAGUAUGGCUCCAGCUUCAACCAGUUCCCUUACAUGCGCUUCGCUGAGUCCCCAGGCAAGCGGGCGCGCCUCCAGUUCUCCAUCGUGCACCUGCAGAGUGUGCUCGCGAUGGCUAAGAAGCUGCUCACCAAGGACAUGCUCCGGUUCCUGGACGAGCAGGCGGAGGAGGUGUACAAGUCGGGCGCCGUCAGGAUCUUCCCCUACAAGACGUUCAGUGAGACGGUCGGCCUGGCGAUGGUGACCCUGCUCCGUGAGCUGCUACAGUACCAGAAGGACCUGCCCAGCCCGUUCACUCGCGACGUGCAAGAGUUCGUGAAGGGCCUGUUCCUCUCGGGUCAGACGGAGCUGCAGAGCCUGAACCACGACGCUAGCGAGCGCGAGGACCGCGAGAGCAACUUCGCCGUCGUCAACAAGUUCAAGGUCAACGUGAUGGCGAAUGCUGCCUGUGUGGAUCUGCUGGUGUGGGCCACGGGUGACGAGACGGGUGGGGACAGCCUGUGCGGACGGCUGACAGGCAAGAUAAACAGCAACCAUGGCCACAAGCUAGUACUUGCGCACAUGCCGCUGCUCAUGGUGUGUCUGGAGGGUCUCGGCAAGCUAGCUCAGAAGUUCCCGAACAUUGCCAGCACGUCCAUCUACUGCCUGCGAGACUUCCUGGUCACGCCAAGCCCCAUCUUGUUCAAACUGCACCGCCAGCAGUCUGAGAAGGAGCAGUCCAAGGCUUCAGCCCAAGGCAAGGAAUCACACUCGUCGCAGACAAUCUCGUCGAACCAGUCAGCGUUUGAGAAGCUGCGUGACGCUGCCAUCGAGAACCUUUGCAUCGCACUGGAGGCGUCUUACACGGUGGAUCCGUACUGCGUUCGGGCGCUUGUUGCAUCCGUUUCCAAUCGGCUCUUUACCGCAGAGAAGUCUGACAGCGAGACUUCCCUGAUAUCCACGAACAUCGUGAUCAUGCUGGGCCACGUGGCGGUCGCCCUCAAGGACACACCCAAGACGACGGACACCAUCCUCCAGUUCUUCCAGCAGCGGUUCUGCCGCGUGCCCUCUGGCCUCGACAUUCUCAUAGUAGACCAGCUGGGCUGCAUGAUCAUAGCCAAGUGUGAGCCACAGGUGUACGAGGAGAUUAUGCGCAUGUUCACGAUGAUAACCGUAGAAGCGAGCAACGCUGCAUACAACCCUUCUGCCACGGACGACAGGAAGAACCAGUACAGGCACGUGUCGGGUGCUGUGGUGAAUGCCCUGGCAAACAUUGCUGCCAAUCUGCAAGGGGAGGCGGACCUGAACGACCUGCUUGUUCGGCUGCUGGAACUGUUCGUCCAGCUCGGCCUGGAAGGGAAGCGAGCCUCGGAGAAGGCUCCAGUUGCUCAAAAGGCAUCGAGCAGCGCGGGGAACCUGGGCGUUUUGAUCCCGGUGAUCGCAGUGCUGGUGCGCCGUCUGCCGCCGAUCAAGAACCCCAAGCCGCGGCUGCACAAGUUGUUCCGGGACUUCUGGCUCUACUGUGUGGUCAUGGGUUUCACAGCUGCCGACUCAGGUCUGUGGCCAGCCGAGUGGUACGACGGAGUGCGCGUCAUCGCAGUCAAGUCCCCGUGCAUGGUGUCUCAGACAUCUUCGCGCUCGGAGAUGCGCGAGCUGCAGUACACGUCAGCCGUGCGCAACGACAGCGUCUCCUUGACUGAGCUGCAGGAGUUGAAGACGCAGAUCCUGAACCUCUUGGAGCACCCAGCCGAUGUUACCACCUACGUGAACAAGCUGACGUUCGCCCAGUGCAUAUACUUGCUGUCCGUGUACUGGCUGGAGAUCCUGAGGGUCCAGAACUCGAGUGAACCCAGCCUUCAGCCGAUCUUGGAGUACCUGAGCGACUCUGCUCUGCAAAAGGACAAAUAUGGGAUGUGGAACUGUGUUUGUAGCGUUGGCGACCGUGUCUUCGUGCAGCUGCUCGAAGUGAUGUCGAACAAACCGAAGGACGAGAACCGCGAAAAGGAGCUGGAAAGCCAUGCCCAGUUCCUGCUCGUUAACUUCAACAACAUCCACAAGCAGAUCCGUCGAGUGGCAGACAAGUACCUCUCCGGCCUCGUUGACAGGUUCCCUCACCUGCUGUGGAACUGCCGUGUGCUGUGGUGCAUGCUGGACAUCCUGCAGGUGCUGGCCAGCUCGCUCGACCUGGACCCCAACGAGGAGACGCCCACCCUCAAGGUCCCCGGCUCCCCGGGCUAUGCCCUCCUGCUGAUGGACACCCAGGAGGCCAGGGAGAGCAUCGUGAAGGACUUUGCAGCACGCUGCCAGGGCAUCGUCCAAGAGGCAAUGAAGUGGGCCCCGCAGGCGACCCGCUCGCAUCUCCAGGAGUACCUGAACCACGUGCCCAGCCCCGGACUGUGGCACCACGCGGGGCUUGCGCUUGCUGUGGAAAGUGUGCUGCAGUAUGCUGGUCUCAAUGCGCGGGCCGCCCCGCUCAGCGUAAGUCGGACCAGCACUCUGGACAAGCGGCCGCGCUGCGUCAAGAGUGACUCGUCACGCUUUGUGUCGACGCUGAACCUGCGUGGGCGGCACGCGGGUGAGGUGGCCGGCAUGCUGGCCGGAAUCGCGGCCGAGGACGGAAGCGGGGAGGCGGGUCGUGCUCGCUCCGUGCUCCUGGCACGCCUCGUCGAUGAUGUGUGGAGUGCGUGUGCCCAGCGUAGUAACGCGGCUCAUCGCGGAGCACUCUGGCGGGCCACGGCCAUGCUCAUCUCCACGGCCGGGGUGCACCGCAAUCUGCUGCACGCGGUGGCCUGGUCGCAGGUGGAGCUCUUCACGGAGGUGGCGAUGACGACGGCCAUCGAGUGCUGGCAGUGGCUGGUGACGGCGCGGCCUGACCUCGAGCUCCCGCUGCUUCAGGAGAUGUUCUCCGCCUGGCAGUGCUCCAUCGACAAGCGCCUGGGACUGUUCUCAGAGCAUGAGGAGGAAGUGAGCCCGCUCGCCGCAUAUGAGGGCUGUCGGCUGGUGCCUUCCCCUCCAUUCAUCGCCCCACAUGACAUCUGGAUACAGUUCCUGACGGAGCUGGUGGAGGCAGCCAAGUACUGCAGCCAGGAGAAGGUUGAAAUGAUCGCCAUGCUGCUUCACCGCUCGCUGCCCAUGACGGUCGGUGCAGAGGACUUCCACCUGAACCGCCACGCGGCGGCUCUCGGUGCCCGUUUCAAGCUGCUGACCUGCGGCCUGUCACUGCUGCAAGGGGACAUCCUGCAGCGCUCCCUGGCCAAGAACGUGCUGCGGGAGCGCGUGUACUGCAACUGCCUGGACCACUUCUGCCGGCCGCCGCAGUGCCCGACGGGCCGGGGCGCCGACCUGCGGGAGGACAUCCACGUGCUGGUGCGCUUCUGGCAGACCAUGCACUCCGACAAGAAGUACCUCAAGGCCAGCAUCGUCGGCGACAUGGACAUCUUUGGAGCGAAUGCGUCCUCAUCGUCGGUGCAGUCGGACGCGCGGUCAUCAUCGAGCGACUUCUCGCGCCCGGCCUCGGGCUGGAUCAACACCGUGCCACUGUCUGCUAGCUCCAACACCCUGUCCAAGCGCUCGCGGAACAAACGCAUUGCGGAUGUGGACGUGUUCGUCAAGGACUACAUCAAGAAACGCAACCUCAUUCUCGAGCUCCUGGCUGUGGAAAUAGAGUUCCUGAUGAUCUGGCACAACCCCCUGGGCCGGCCGGACCGUAGUGUUCCCGGCGAGGAGAACAUCACGGCUUGGCGGGGGAAGGCAGUGACUGAGCGUGUGUGGCGCGACCACGCCCGUCUUGCCUGGGACAUCAGCCCUGUGUUAGCUGUGCACCUCCCUUCCAGGCUGAGGAACUCGGAGGCCAUCGUGAGGGAGGUAUCGAGACAGGUGCGGCUGAACCCCAUCGCAGUCUCACACAUUCCCCAGGCCCUGACCUAUCUCGUGACCACAGACACGCUGCUGAACGAUGCCAACGAGCUGGUGUACAUGCUGACGUGGGCGCGCGUGUCUCCCAUCCAUGCGUUGGCGUACUUCUCGCGCCAGUACCCGCCACACCCCAUCACCGCGCAGUACGCCGUGCGUGCACUCAGCAGCUUCCCUGCGGACGCAGUGCUCAUGUACAUCCCGCAGCUGGUGCAGUCCGUUCGCCACGACACGAUGGGCUACGUCAUAGAGUUCAUCAAAUACAUCGCUAAGAAAUCACAGGUUGUGGCGCACCAGCUCAUAUGGAACAUGCGCACAAAUAUGUACACCGAUGAGGAAAUGAUGAAUAAGGAUGUCGCUCUCUAUGAUGUGCUGGAGUCCAUCACGAAGAGCAUCAUAUCGUCGCUGUCCGGACCGGCCAAGCAGUUUUACGAGCGGGAGUUCGACUUCUUUGAGAAGAUAACCAACAUCUCUGGGGAGAUCAGGUCGUUCCCCAAAGGGUCUGAGAGGAAGAAAGCAUGCCUGGAGGCUUUGAGCAAGAUACAGGUACAGCACGGCUGCUACCUGCCAUCCAACCCAGAGGCCAUGGUUGUCGACAUAGACUACAAGAGCGGUACGCCCAUGCAGAGUGCCGCGAAGGCGCCGUACCUCGCCCGGUUUCGCGUGCGACGCUGCGGCAUCAACGAGCUGGAGAACAUGGCAAUGGCGAUCUCAAACCACCCCCACCACCACAAUCCACCCAGCGGGCUGACGGCCGAGUUCUGGCAAGCGGCCAUCUUCAAGGUGGGUGAUGACGUCAGGCAAGAUAUGCUGGCGCUGCAGGUGAUCGGGAUAUUCAAGAAUGUCUUCCAGCAAGUUGGUCUCGACCUCUACUUGUUCCCGUACCGAGUCGUGGCGACAGCCCCAGGGUGUGGCGUGAUAGAGUGCGUGCCCAAUGCCAAGUCCCGCGACCAGUUGGGGCGCCAGACGGACAUUGACAUGUACAACUACUUCAUCAAGAAGUACGGUGAUGAGACGACCAAGGAGUUCCAGAAUGCACGGAGGAACUUCGUCAAGUCCAUGGCUGCUUACAGCGUGAUUGGCUUCCUGCUGCAGAUAAAAGACCGGCACAAUGGCAACAUAAUGCUGGACACGGACGGCCACAUCAUACACAUAGACUUUGGCUUCAUGUUCGAGAGCUCGCCAGGAGGCAACCUGGGCUUCGAGCCGGACAUCAAGUUGACAGACGAGAUGGUGAUGGUGAUGGGGGGCAAGAUGGAGGCGGACCCGUUCCGCUGGUUCAUGGAGCUGUGUGUGCAGGCGUACCUCGCCGUCAGGCCGUACUCGGAGGCCAUCGUGUCGCUCGUGUCGUUGAUGCUGGACACGGGUCUGCCGUGCUUCCGUGGCCAGACCAUCAAGCUGUUGCGCGCACGGUUCAACCCUGCGGCUAGCGACAAGGAGGCGGCCGCUUUCAUGGUGUCCGUCAUUCGCAGCUCGUUCCUCAACUUCCGCACGCGCACUUACGACAUGAUCCAGUACUACCAGAACCAGAUUCCAUACUGAGGCAGCCAAUUGUGGGUGGUUGUGUCUGUGCUAACAUUGGCCAUGUUCAUCCUCUCGUUCUUUAUGUUUGUUUAUUAGUUUUGACCAAGCUCAUUCGGAUGUUCACUACUAUUGACCAUGCCGAUCUGUUCCGUAUGUUCUAUCUGCUCAUCUGGUACGUUUACUAUGUUGGUUAUGCGUAGGCUAUCUGGUAUCUUGAAACGCAUUCACAUAAACAGAUACCAUUGACUUCCCCUAUUUUUUUUUCUGUAUUUUGGCCAGUAGUUUUAAUAUUCAACUGUAUGUCAACAACUUAAGUUCAUCAGAAUAUGCUUUGGAUGAUAUCUUUGCCAAAUAUUAGCUUAUAUGAAUGGAACUGAUGAUUUGUAAAUAGUUAAGAUUACAUAUUUACUUUCAUUCUGUGAGCUGGAGUUUUUUUUUAUUUAUUUGCAUACUUACUGAAUGUAAAUGAAUUUAUUAUUUCUAGAGGGGUCGUUCAACCAAAUGUUAAUCUAUGUAACAUUAAUAUUUCAGAUUAAAAUACACUGCUAUUUCCCAAGUAAACCUGUUAGUGAGGUUUUUUUUGCAAUGUCUUUGAAAGCUGUUUUUAUUUCUAAUGCUAUUGAGUAAAAUACUAUGAAAAAUAUGUUUAUAAACUAUAUCUUAAAAUAUAUUUAGAACAUUAUUAAUACAACAAAUUAUAGAGCACAAUACAUGUUGCUGUUGUGUUCUAUCGAAAACAGUAGCUAUGGUUUUGAAUAAAUCUAUUAAUACCUUAUUUAAUUUGUAAUUAUAUAAACAACAGUAACUAUUGUUAUAAUAGUUGGCUCAUGGUGUAGACCACUGAAAAAUAACUGUUUUUAUGUAAAAAAUGUUUAUAAUUUGUGUGUGUGUGUGUGUGUGUGUGUGUGUGUGUGUGUGUGUGUGUCUAUAUAUAUAUAUUAGGGGUGUGCGGGAAAGGAAAUUUAGCCUUGGAGAAUUUCGGGAGGGAAAAUCAAAUUUCACUCGGGAAAUCUGGAAAAAUCGGGAAGUAAAAAUCAUAAGCUAUAUAGGAUGUCAGUAGGUAUAUUUUUUAAGUUUGGAGUGUUUUUACCACAACAGCGCCAUUAGAAAACAGAAUUAGUUUAGUGCUCUGUUUUCAUGUAAGAAAACCAGUUCUUCCAAGUGUUGAGUGGAUAAAGAUUCUCUCUUUGCAGAUACUAUGUUUCCGGUAGAUGAAAAAACCCUUUCACACGCAGUUUUGGUCGCUGGUAUUCCCAGAUAUGCCACUGCUAACUUGGAUAAAUUUGGUAGUAUAUUUUCAUUUUGUUCCCACCACUUCAAUGGAUUUCCAGUUAUUUCUAAAAGUGGCAUGUUUAAAUAUGUUGCACCUCUGUGUUUUGCUGAGCACCUACUAGAGAUUUUGCAGCUAGACUAUCAAAUUCAUGCCACAAAGAGGAGUGGCUGGAGUCACUUUCUGAUUCAGGUUUUUGCGGACCUACAACAUGAGGAAAUAAAAAUACUUCAAACCUAUAUCAAACAUCUGAGAUGCUAACUUGAUGUAUGUAACAACCAGGUACAUUACUAAUAGUUGAAAAAAGGAGCCAUAAUGUAUGCCUAUUACCAAAUGUACUACUACGGACUCUAAAAUAUCACUAAAUAAAUUUUAAAUCCAAAGAAUAUUAAAUUUAGCAAAAUCUCCCUGAAGUAAAAAAAAUUACCCUCUUAAGUUUCAGUUAUGUACCAAGUUGUUUACAAAUUAUAAUUUAGUUAAUAAUGUUAAUAUAAAACUAGCACAUUACCUGUAUCAAUGACUUCUUUUAGACAACUGUCAAGUUUUUGCUGCAAAGUGUUAACAGCAAGUUGUUUUUCAUCGAUAGGCACAACAACAGCCUUGAAGCGUGGGUCUAACAGCAUUGCUGUAAAAUAUGGCUCUUGCCUUUGAUAUAAAGGAAAGCGUGCCUUCAAUCCAAAAAGCAAAGCCCUACAAAAUGUUACACCAGACCCAACUUCACUAGCAUGAGUCUCCAUGUAGUUAUUCAAAAAUUUAUUGAUUGAAAACAAAACUGGAGUAACCAUUGAAGCUGUAGGUAUUCUUUCUCCAGAGAGUUCUACAGUGGCUUCAUGCAGUUGUUUAAGAAUUUUUAUGUAACUUUCAACAAGCAGCCACUCGCUCACACUAAGAUUGUCUACGUUCACCUCUGUCAGAUGACGCAUAAGAACAGGUUUGUUUUUUAGUAGUCUUUCAAGCAUUAGAUACUCAGAAUUCCAUCUCGUCACGCAGUCUUGAAUUAAUUCUAGACAGUCUAGUCCAAUUUCUGUUUGAAUUUUGUGAAAUGCAGAGGUUGCUGAUGCACUGUGCUUAUAGUAACAGACAAUACCACAUCUCCAAGAGCAAGCUGCAAAUUAUGAGCAAAACACUGCAAAUGUGUCAGAGGUGCUUUGCAAAGACUAGACCCCAGCUUGAUGUUUCUUGCAUUGUCAGUAAUAAUAAACAAAGGAAUUCUAGCACUAAUGUUAUUUAAGAUGUUCCAAUCAUUCAAAAUAUCAGUAAUUUUGUCACCUAUUGUUAAUGCUGUGUGGCUCUCAGGAAAACUAACACAUCCAAGACAGUAUUUUAAAAGAGUGAAGUUACUGACGAAAUGACAAGUCAAUGCCAAGAUAGCAUCAUCACUACGUGAUGUCCAUAGGUCACAAGUAAAUGACAUUGACUGAACUUUGACAAUUACUUGAGAAAGUUCCUCAGAGAUUUUCGAUUUUACAGAAGCAAACAAAUUUGGAAUUUCGUUUCUAGAGAAUGUGGUUCGGGAAGGUACUUUGUACAAUGGUUGAGAUGACUGCAUGAGUUUCUGGAAAUGUCUAUUUUCUACUACACUGUACGGCAGCAUAGAAUCGGCCAACCACUCAGCAAUGUUCUUUGUAAUGAGUUUUGCGUUUGGAUGAUGAGAAGGCCACUGGAAGGUAUCUUCAAUCCGUUGUUGUUUUGAUGGACCUGGUUGUGAAGAAUUUGCUGUAACGGGCCGUGAACUUAACAAUUCUUGCCGUGUCUCAAUUCCAACUUUACAGUUGGAUGUUGAGUCAAGUGCCUUAUGAGACCCGAUGUGCUGCCGUAGCUUGUUUUCAUAGUUUUAUUGCAUGUCUUGCAUUUAGCACUAAGUUUAUCAUUGCUUCUAGCAAAGUAGUUCCAAAUACACGUCUUUUCUUCAGCCAUGUUUACUAAACAACUAAACAAAACAACCAACAUGUAACGUGAACUAAAUGACAAAAUAUAUUACCAUAAUUUUGUAUUACUACGUGCCCAUGUAAAAUUCCCCUAAUAUUGUGGAACUCAAAUAAACAUCAGAAAAGUAAAUUAUUCAUUUUAAUCUUAUUUUCACCAUUUACGUGUCACAGGAAAAAAAACUGAUUGUGCUGCCAUCUCCUGUGGGCUGUAACGUAACCGCGCCUCUAAGUGACGCACUGGCCAAUCGCAGCUGUCCCUGAUAAUUACGUCACUGUUUUUGUCUUGAUUUUUUGAUGAAACAAUUUUAGACGUUGUAAUACGAUUUCAUUCCGGUAAACAGAAACAUUAAUACAAAUAUAAAAUUACGAAUGUGCAAUAUACACGGGAUUUGCCAAUAAUGCGGCAAACUAUUAAAGUAAUGUCUCGUUCAGUGUUGCGUUUCAGUCAGACUGCUUAUUUAAGUAAGUUAUGUAAUUUUAGAAGAUCGUGAUGUAUAUCAAUUUCCGGGAUUUUUUUUCCCCAUGGAUAUACGUUGACAUUAAAAAGUAAUUUCAUUAAUAAACGUGUUAUCUUUAUUUAACCGUAAAGCAAUCUCUUUAUUUUUCCUUUUAUUGUAGGCCAAACGGGCCGUUGUCACAAAUUUGUUGUAACUUAAUACAUAAUUUUAUUCCCGAAAAUACCAGGAAAAACAUUAUUUCCUCCUGAAGGGAAAAAAAGCAAUGCCCUCCCGAAACAUUUCCCGAAAUUCGGGAUCCCGCACACCAAUAAUAUAUAUACUAUACAAUCAAAGUCAUUCCAAAGUUACGAGUAACAUGUUUAUGUUGUGUGAGAUUAUGUCAUUGUAAGUAUGAAUACAAAAGAUUUUUCAUUAGUGUUUAUGACAAACUUAAUAACUUUCUGUGUAUGUAAAUAUGUUAUAUUACAAUGAUUUGUUUCCUUGA